AUGCCAGUUCCUAGGCAUCCUAUCUUGAGCUUCCCUUCUCAACAAGAAUCUGAUGAUUCUUCCUUGGAGUUCCUUGAUGAAGGUGGCUUCCGCUAUCCAUUCCCUCCCUUUCUGCCAAACGUCACUCGUCGACCUUUCCUUAUCCCUGGAUCCCUGGACUCAUCUAACAGUGACACCAUGGUCCUGCACCAAUUCCCUGGGCCCUUGGAAGUCCCUCAGGAAUCAGAAGCCACCCCCGGAUCUUACCAUGUUGUUCCUGCACAGGUUUUCCCAGCGUCAUCACUAAUGAAUAUCUCGUCAUCUCCCAAUCCUGAUAGUCCUCUCGCUGCGUCCACCAACUCACCCAGUAUGCCACCUCUCGCUUCAGAUGUCUCCGACAAUGGUAGCCUCAACCACGUUCCCAACCUUCAGCUACUAGCGGAUGUCAGCAAAUAUAUCACCACAUCAGAAGGACACAGCAGCAAUCCUCAGGAGUUUGUAGUCUAUAGCGAUGACAUAAUCCAAAGGCCCUCUAAUGACGUCACCCAAUCCUGGCAAUCCAUUCCCUUUGACACCUCCACCCCUGUUCAGGAUGUUGAUCCUUUGGAACACAUACUUCCUCACUUCCCUGGGGCCUACACAACCACAGUCACUCGACCUCCUAUGGGUGUCCCCAUCAACGGAAAUCUGGCCUUUGGACUACAACAAGUAUCGACAACUGCGGCUGAUGUACUCCGAAUCACUGAACCUGUGGGGAAUUGGAACCAAUCGGACAGGGAAUGGGAAGAGGACACUUGGGAGUAUCUGCUGAUGCGAGAUGACAACCUCUUGGAGAGUCUCUGGGUGUCGUUACAGGAUAUCAAGGAUCCUGGAGUUGCCAAUGAAGUCGAUUGUUUCAGAGCUGUAGAUGCCAAAAUUGACUUACUACUGACAGCAUGA